AAUUUGGUUAAAAAAAAAGAGGAGGGGGAGGGGGCCAUUAACUUCUAGUCAAACAUUAUAAAAACGUAGAUUUUGUCCAUGGACAAACAUUAUUUUUAUUCAAAGAUUACGAGAGCUUUUUUCUAAAAAAAAAAUCUUGUUUUUUUUUAAAAAAAAAAAGAUGCUAUUAAAAUUGUUAUUUAUUAUAAUUUGUAUUAUCAUUGAUUUAAUAAAUGCUGAGGUAACAAGUAUUCUUCAAGGAAAAUAUGAUGGCUAUGGUGAAGAUUGGAUAUUUAUGCCUGAUGGAAAUGAUAAACCACAGGUGGCAAUUCUUAAAGAAUUUCAAAAUGAGACUCGCGGUAUUUUAGAUCCAAAUUCUGCUGUUUCGUAUAUACUUUACACUAGAUCAAAUCCGGAAAAAGGAACUCCUCUAUUUUUGAAUAAUAUGGAUGCAUUAAAGAAUUCAAAUUUUUCACCAUCGAAAAAAACAAAGUUUAUCACUCACGGAUGGAAAUCGAGCGCAUUGAGUGCCAGUCAAGUUGACAUGAAAAAUGCAUAUUUGGAAUAUGGUGACUAUAAUGUAUUUCUCGUUGAUUGGCAACCUUUGGCAGCAAGUACAUUUUAUCUUGGACCAAUGCGAAAUACAGAACAAGUUGGACAGAAUGCGGGGCAAUUUAUAGAUUUUUUAAUUAGUGAAACUGGAUUAAGCCCCAGAGAUAUUCAUUUUAUUGGUCAUUCACUUGGUGCACAUGUCGCAGGAAAUGCUGGAAGUGCAAUAAAAUUUGGAAGAAUUAGCAGAGUGACAGGACUUGAUCCUGCACUUCCUGGAUUUCAUAUAUUCGCUACUGAAAAAGAACGAUUAGAUCCAUCGGAUGCUAAUUUUGUUGAUGUUAUUCAUUCAUGUGGAGGAGUUUUGGGUUUUUUACAACCAUUGGGUCAUAUUGACUUUUAUCCCAAUGCUGGUACAGCUGUACAACCUGGAUGUUGUUGUAUUCCUGAAUUGCUUGAGGCCUGCAGUCAUGGAAGAUCUUAUUCAUAUUUCACCGAGAGCAUUAAUGAAAAAAGUGGUCUUGUAGCGACACAAUGUGACACAUGGGAUGCAUAUGUUAAUAAACAUUGUGAAAGUAAAUCAUCGGUUUUAAUGGGCGAGCAUGUUGAUAAAUCAGCAACAGGAUCUUAUUUUUUAAAAACAAGAAGUGAGCCCCCUUUUGCCUACACUGAAGAAAUUAACAAUCAUUUGUAGUCGACAAAAAAAAAGCAAAAGAGAAUUUUUUUUUUAAUUUUCUAUAAAUUAUUCUGUUUUUUGUCACAGAAAAUUUUUUUGAAACAAAAAUAAUUAUUAAACUAAAUUUUUAAUCAUAUUAAAAUUGUAUCGAAAAAUAAACUUUGAAUUUAAAUUCUUUUUAAAAUGAUCUUUAAAAAGGAUCUUAAAAGAGACCUUUAAAAAGAUGUAAAAAAAGAUGAUUUAAAAAAGAAAUGUUUUUAAAGAUAAAUUUUUUUAAAAAAAGAAUUUUCAAUUACAUAAAGAAUGAAUGAAAAAUUGUGAGUCUUGACAUUACAAAAGUAUAAAUUUUUAAAGUCAUCAGUCAAAGAGAUCAAAGGUUUUCCAUUUAUAAAAGCCACGAGUUCUCUCUUAUAAAUAAUACAUUAUUUUCUUCCUCUCCCGAAAAGAAAAGAAAAAAAAAACUGUAAAAGGAAGAUUUCUUAAAGAAAUUUUCGUGAAAACAAAAGAAAUAAAAUUUAUUGGCAGCAUA